AUGCGUCUUUUUUGGUUAUUUUCAAGUUACGCCAGCGCGAUUUCUUUACUUGCUCCGGUCAACAACUUCGUCGCCGAACAAGUGCUCAAUGGAAUUCAGUUGAUGCUUUCACGAAUCAACGAGAGCCCGACAAUCAGUGAUGAAGCAAAACUUUUGAUCGCAUCAUUUUCCGCCGAUAUUAACGAAAACGUGACUCCUGCUGGCUUGGUCGAGUACAUAAACCGCUUCUCAUUGAGCUCAGUCGAGGCGAACGGAUUUACUGAGGAAAUAGAAGAAGCCGCGUUGGCUUUGCUCCGGAUAUUUCAAAACUUGAGGCCAUUCUUGAGACUCGAUGUUGACUCCAGCUCAUCACUCGCAUUUAUCAUGGAGCUCAUCCAGGAUUCGUUGGUGUUCUACAAUUCAUUGGACCUCGCUUUCGAACUCAGCGAAUUGGACUCGAUUGAUUUUUCGAUCAGACUCAGCGAAUUUGCGCUCAUGUUUAGAAACGAGUACUACCAAAUUAUUGAUGACUUCGACCGUUUUCAAAAGGCUGAUGCUUGCAAAGAUCCUAUCAAAUAUCUAACAGCAGUUGUUGAUGUUGCUCAAAAUGUCGCAAGAUCAGCGCUGAUGAUUUCAGACAGUCUUUGCGAUGCGCUGGAAAUAUACGUAGCCAAUACUGAAAUUUGUGGAGUUCUGAAUCAAGUGGAGGAGCAUGUUUGGUUGGAAUAUCUUUUUGACGCGGACGAUUCUGUGGCGGAAAUUAAGGCUCUCGAUAGCUUAUUGAAUGGAGCCAUUUCGACACAAAUUCAGGCAUUGCCCUUCUUCGCCUGCUCUGAAAAUAAAUAA